AUGUCUCCUCAACUAUGGUUCUCCUCGAGCCACUUACUGCAAGCAGACGGCUUCAGGGCAGACGGCUUAAGGGCAGACGGCUUCAGAGCAGACGGCUUCAGAGCAGACGGCUUCAGAGCAGACGGCUUCAGAGCAGACGGCUUCAGAGCAGACGGAUUAAGGGCAGACGGCUUCAGGGCAGACGGCUUCAGGGCAGACGGCUUCAGGGCAGACGGCUUAAGGGCAGACGGCUUCAGAGCAGACGGCUUCUGA